GUCGUGGCUGUGUGCUCUUGGAAGACUGCAGCAAUUUAAGAGGGAAUAAUGGAGGGUUUAGGAGACCGACUCAAGCUGAUCGUGAAAACCUUCAGGAGGGAGUGUCACCGGGUCUUACAGUCUGAGAGGACCACCAUUCAUGGAGCGGAUGGCAUGCUUAUGGUGCUGCAGGUGGCCAUGGCAGAAGUGAAUAAAAAGCAUGGCGGAAAGUUCAAAGUGGCUCUGAGUGAUGUCCUGAUGGCCUGGAAACACUUAUUGUUAGACAAACUUCACCUGCCGCCCCCCAGCUCUGCACGCCUGGAGAACUAUGAUCUCAUUGUGGAGGCAUACGAGUCGUUCCUGAAACGCUCCAACACCAUCGACCUGGUUGAUCUCCUCUUCAUGUACAAACAGCUGAGGCUGGUGGACUCUGAUCCAGAGGAGCCUGUGAGCCCGAUCCAGCUGUUUGAGUUCCUAUCGGGCAACGUGGAAGUCCCAGAGUUGCCAGUCUCCUCAGUCCCGUCAACCCCAUCUGGCAAAGGCAGGUCCUGCAGCUCACAGGUGAAAAUGGCUGUGAGACGCGUUUUCUGCUCCUAUAUGAAUUUGCUUGUAAACACCAAGAACGACAUCGCCUUGGCGCUAAUUCUCGACGUUCCGAGUCGCACUCUUGGACGGCAGGCGUUUACAGACAUCAAGCAUGCCGCACACAACAGCAACACUUCUCUGUUCUUGGCCGUGACGUCUUUCGUUAGGGCUCUCCAGCUUGGAGGGAAGGGCUAUGCUCCAGCUGAAUCUGACCCACUGAGAAAACAUAUCAAAGGCCUGUCUGACUUUGUCCAGUUUGUAGACAACCUGGAAGAAAUACUGGGGGAGAUCCCCGACCCAAGUGUAUGUGGAGCCAGGCUGGUGACCGCCAUCAGGGCGGUGCUGGUGAAGGGUCGCAGCAGCGGAGAUGCCGUGUACGCUGCUGCUGAGGAGACUGCACAGGACCUAAAGGAGAGGAUCUGCCAGCUACACCAGAUCCAGAAGCAGUCUGCUAAUGGAAGCGGGACAGGGAUAAGUCCUGCAAGGCCAAAAGCGUAUGCAGUCAAUCACGCUACAGCAUACGGAGGUCGUGACACUGUGAAGGUGCUGAUGGCGCUGCUGGAUGAAGAAGCCCUGACUCCUCCGUGUCGAAACAAGGCCGACCUGCUGUCCGAGGAUCAGCCCGUCCUCAGUGGAGCAGAGGGGACCUGCGUCCUCACGCUGUUCAGAUCCCCUGAAGUGUCUACUGGAUGUUCUCCAGAACCCCUAAGGAACAGAGUCCAGAGCCGACUAGACCUGCUCAAACCCAAGGUCCGAGAGAGAGUCAUCCGAUCCCAGUUCGCCUGCACUUACAAUGAUGAAGAGCUCCCUCUCAACCGUGUGCUGGACUUCCCGAGCACUAGCCAGGUUCCUACUUGCGUGCACCCAGCACCCAAAGCCAAAACCACCACAUCUGUGGAUGAUGGGUGCAGCUCUGAUGUGGAAGACUCAACAAAAGCCAAGUCCUCUGAAUGUACAAAUAAGGCUCGGGGUGAGAUACAGCGGGGGGCUGCUCUCGAGCAAAGAAGUGGAAAUGCCCCAAAACAAGGUGCAAGCCUGGUUAAUGGAAAGGGAACUGGCUUUCAGAUGCAAAGCAGGGGUAACAAGAGAAAGCAGCUGGAUAUUGACCAACACGGUGGAUCCGAAAAUGAGCCUCCGGAGAAGAAACAGCCAACUCGCACAUCAGUCAAAAUGCCUGGCAAAAAUGCCAGCAAGGCCUUGAGUAAGAAGAAGCUCAUAGCUGGACAAGGGAAGCUGACCAGUUUCUUCAGAGUCUAACCAGUGUUUGCACUAACGAUGACACAAUAAGGACUUUUCUAUCAGAUAUUUAU